UUUGUUUAAUAUAACACAGUGGAAAAUCUCCAUUGUUCCUUGUUCGAAUAUUGUUCUUCUAUAAAAAGUGAACUUAUCUUAUGUUUGUCAACUUGUAAGAGCAGGUAUAUCUGAAGACUCCACAUUCAGCUACUAGGAGCUAGCUACAGGAUCGGUUAUGGCAACAGAAGACAAGGUUCACGAAUCCAUCAGAAUACUGAUAGAAGGUGAAGCCUCAAAACCGAAUCAUUUCAAGCAAGAUAAUGUCACGAUUUGUAUGGUACCUGAUACACUUUGGAAUCUAAAUCCAAGUGCUUAUACGCCUCGAAUUACCUCAAUUGGUCCUCUUCACCGAGGGGACCAAAGGUUAAUCGCUAUGGAGGAGCACAAAGUGGCUUACAUGUAUAAAUUAUUUCGUCGAACUGUUGAAGUCACCAAGAAGGAUAUGGAGCAAAUUACGCGUAAAUGUAUACAAGCGAUCCUCGGGCUUGUAACGAGGGCUAGAGCUUGCUAUGCACCAAGCUUUGCUUAUUAUGAUGAUUCAAGUUUUGCUGAAAUGAUGGUUAUUGAUGGUUGUUUUAUACUUGAAUUACUCUACAGGUUCCAAUAUGGAAUUGGGGAGGGUGAUCCAAUAUUUGACAACAUUUUGGUGACACAUGAUAUUAAAAACGACUUGCUGCUGCUACAGAAUCAGAUCCCUUUCUUUAUUCUUGAAAUAUUGUUUCGUCUCACUGUGAAACGGAUCUUAAACCACGCUUCACUGACUGACCUUGUCUUUUAUUUCUUCAAGGACAUGAAUAUCAUAAAUAGUGAACUUACUAUAACAGAUGAAACAAUCGAGCAUUGUCAUAUCCUUGGGUUCUUCCAAAGCGGCUACAGACCCAGAGCCACAAAACGUGGCCGAAUCCCAACCAUCUCAUAUUCGGCCACUGAAAUUGCUGGAGCAGGAGUCAGAUUCAAGGCACAACGCGAUGAGAGUUCCCUGCUUGCAGUAAAAUUUAAACAAUUAUCUUUUGUCCCGGGGUUGGUCAAUUUGUUUGUUAGAGAAACAUGUGUCAAAAUUCCAGUAUUAAGCAUCAAAAACUCCACUCCCUCAUUAUUGAGGAAUCUGAUUGCCUAUGAGCAGUGUUACCCAUUAAAUCGUCAUUAUGUUACCUCUUUUGCCUUUCUCAUGGACAGGCUCAUUGACACGAAAGAUGAUGUUUCAUUGCUUGUGAGGUCAAAAGUCCUCCAACACAACCUUGGAGCCAGUGAAGAUGUCACAAAUCUCUUCAACAAUAUUUGCAACGGUGUAGUCCUUCGGGAUUUUUAUUACACUGAGGAAUGGAGGCAGCUGGAUGAGUACUGCAACCAGUUCUGGCCUAGCAUAUUGAUUUCAUUAAGACGCCUUUAUAAAAGUACUACUUGGAAAACAUUGACGGUCAUUGCUGCAAUGAUAAUCUUCGCCGUUACAUUAGUCCAGACCAUCUAUACCGUUCAUAAUGGUUGACUAAGAGUUUAAUUUAAAGAAUGACCGAAGUAAUUGCAUCGUUAAUGUUACAUGUUGAUUUGUUCCCCUCA